AAGAGUUUAUAUACACUAACAUGACAUACUUGUGCUAGCUAUUAUAUUCAUCCAGGCAUUACAUAUAUGUUUUUUUUUUCAAUAUGUGAAAUUAUUCAUCAACUCAACAAAGGAACAAUUUAUGCAUAAACAGAAAAUGUGUCGUGAAGAAUAGCGAUAGAGAUAUCGUGAUGGCGCACGAGGUACAUUUGAAAAACAACAAAUACCGACAGUGGGUCAAGGCAGGCCUAGGCUUAGGUUACCUGAAAGAGGGACUAGCACCAUUUUGUGAUGACAUAGGAAAACAGCAGCACAAAGAUAUUAUAAACCAAAUUCAAGGAACAAAGACUCCUAAACCAAAUGUACCAUGUGGCGUCUGUCAGAUAACAACUCUCCAGCCAGGCCACAUCCGAGUCUCAAAAGGAGUGUGUCCAUUCAAGCAAGAUAAAUGUAACUGUUGCUUUCCAAAUAAUAAGAAACCCUGUCCAAACAACAUAUGUGGUGCCAUCUAUGACAGCAUUAUACAGAAUCAUGCAUCAAUACCACCGGCACCUUUUUGGAAAAACAGCGAUGCCCAUGAUUGGUCCGCUGACCCAUGGAGUAUAUGUAAAUGUUUUAUAAAUGCUCCCGGGUACAAGGACAAGACAUCAGCAUUCGACGUUGACUGCUCGGGUUUACUACAUGUUAUCAUAAAUAACAAAUAUUUUCAUAAUCAUAUUGGAUGCAAUGUAACAGGACCAAACAAUCUUUUUUCAAAGGUACGACAGUACAGAAAUAAGAUUUUUCACUCAAGCAGUAUGGAGUUAGAGGAAUGGGAUGCUAACUCUUAUAUUGAUGAUAUGAUAGCAGUUCUUCAAGAUGGAAAGGAGCUUGUUCGUCAUCAUGCUGCACAACAAGCUGUUGGGAAUCUCCAAGAUCUGAAGAAGGAGGACUUCAUUAUUACAACUCAAGGCUUUGACGAAAUUCUCAGUCAAAUCAAAGAAGCAACAGGAAAUGCUGCAAGUAAGGAGGAAUAUGACGAGCUUAAAAACAAAAUGUCUGACCUUGAAUCUCAGAUAUCAAAAGCACAAGAGGAGAUAAAAAGACUCAAGGAAGAAGAUUCUCCUCAACAACAAAAACAGUUAGAAUAUGAAAAGGCUAAAUCAG